AACGUUUCCACGCGCGUGUAUAACCUCGACAGUAGUGACUGCCACCACGUGUUCAUCCGGUUACAGAUGCUAGAGAAAUCACGAAAGAGAGAUUUACACAUAGAACAUCGCAGCCGCUAAACCAUCGUCAACUACGAAGUCACUGGAAAUGUCCCUAGGACUAUCGGCAUCCCUACGAGGCGCUAAAGCUGGGUCUCGGUCCACAGAACACUAGCGUGGAGUACGCACACCAAAUAAAGAGACUCCGGAACCACACCAGUUAUUUCCUCCAUAUUGUCGCACGUAGGAAAAUACCUACGUCUGCAAUAGUUCUGCCACUUCAAGUGGAAAACCAAAUGAUAAUUUUCUACUCUUAUUUUUCUACAAUAUGAGUCGUUUUUUCGCAACUGGUUAUGAUUCUGAUACUGAUACUGUAUCGGAAGAGGAGCAAGUACCUAGGGGACCAACUGCAGCUUUCACAUUCAGCGAUGAAGAAGAAGAGACAAAACGGGUCGUUCGUUCGACAAAGGAGAAGAGAUACGAAGAGAUUGCAAAUCUCAUCAAACUCAUACGAAACUAUAAAAAGAUUAAAGACAUGAGCAGUAUGCUGUCCAGUUUCGAGGAUCUAAUGCGUGCCUAUCAAAAGGCAUUACCUGUAAUUACGAAAGAGGAAGCUGGCCAAACACCGCGAUUUUAUGUCAGAUGUUUGGUGGAAAUGGAAGAUUUCAUUAAUGAAAUAUGGGAGGAUCGUGAAGGGCGUAAAAAUAUGUCAAAAAACAAUUCGAAGUCUUUAACUUCUUUGCGUCAGAAACUUCGUAAAUAUAACAAAGACUUUGAAGAUGACAUAGCCAAGUUCAGAGAGAAUCCGGAUCAAGACGACGACGAGGAGGAGGAUAAACCCGAAGAAGUUGUAGAAUCUGAGGAAGAGGAUGACAGUGCUGUAGCUUUCAAGAAAGCUGCUUCCGAAGCAAGCGAACCAGACAUAUCCAAAUUCAAAAAAAGUGCGGCUGAUGGUGAUGAUGGUAGCGAAAGUGAAUCUGAUUGGGGCAGCUCCUCGGAUAGUGAAAGCACGAGUAGCGAAGACGAGGGCCAAUAUCAAAAUAUUCGCGAGCGAUUCAUUAAAAAUAGAGCGGCUGAUAAAGAGGAGGAAGAAGACAAGGCGAAGCGGAAAGAGCAGCGAAAGGAGCGUAAAGACAAGGAAAGAAAAAAGAGGAAGGACGAGGAUGACGGCGAAGGUGAAUGGGAGACCGUGAAGGGCGGUGUGGCCAUCCCAUCCGAGAAGCCGAAAAUGUUCGCCAAAGAUGCUGAGAUCAACGUGGCUGCUGUUUUGAAGAAGCUGUCCGAAAUUAUUGCCGCUCGUGGUAAAAAACGAACAGACAGACGGGAACAGAUAGAGCUGUUGCACGAGUUGCAAUCGAUAGCUGAUGCUCAUAAUCUUGGGCCAGCUGUGGCGGUGAAGAUCAAGUUCUCUAUAGUAUCCUCUAUCUUCGAUUACAAUCCGAAGGUAUCGGACGCGAUGAAGCCUGAGCACUGGACCAAGAUCCUGGAACGUAUAACAGAGAUGCUGGACAUGCUGCUGAGUACCAAAGACAUGGUGAUCGCCGAGAACGUAUCUGAGGAUGCGGAAGAGUUUGAGACCGCUCCGUAUAAAAUACAUGGAUGCGUGUUGACAUUGGUAGAACGUUUAGACGAAGAGUUCACGAAAUUGUUAAAGGAGUGCGAUCCGCACAGUAACGAGUACGUAGAACGAUUGAAAGAUGAGAAACAAGUGUCGACAAUAAUUGAUAAGGUUCAAGAAUACUUGGAAAGACAAAGAACCGUGUCCGAACUCUGUCGCGUAUAUCUACGUAAAAUCGAGCAUUUGUAUUACAAGUUUGAUCCGAGUGUUCUUAAACAGAAAGAGGGAGAACUCGGUUCAGACGUUACAACGUCCGUCCAAGUAAUGGAGAAGCUUUGUAAAUAUGUUUAUGCUCGUGAUGGAACGGACAGGCUCAGGACUCGUGCGAUCCUUUCUCAUAUUUAUCAUCACGCUCUUCACGAUAACUGGUUUCAAGCGCGCGACCUAAUUUUAAUGUCUCAUUUACAAGAAACCAUUCAGCAUUCCGAUCCAGCUACACAGAUUUUGUACAACAGAACUAUAGCUCAUCUGGGCUUGUGCGCGUUCCGUCACGCGAAUAUUAAAGACGCACACAAUUGUCUGGUCGAUUUGAUGGUAACAGGAAAGGUGAAGGAACUUCUGGCGCAAGGUCUUCUUCCUCAAAGACAGCACGAACGUAGCAAGGAGCAAGAGAAGAUCGAGAAACAGAGGCAAAUGCCGUUCCAUAUGCACAUCAAUUUAGAACUUUUGGAAUGCGUUUAUUUGGUCUCUGCAAUGCUCAUUGAAAUCCCAUACAUGGCUGCUCAUGAGUUCGAUGCGAGAAGGAGAAUGAUUUCGAAGACUUUCUAUCAACAGUUGAGAUCCAGCGAACGUCAGUCGUUGGUCGGUCCUCCGGAAUCGAUGAGGGAGCACGUUGUGGCCGCGGCGAAAGCGAUGCGCAACGGAAACUGGUCGGCAUGCAAUAAUUUCAUAAUCAACGAGAAGAUGAACGCUAAAGUUUGGAAUCUUUUCUAUCAAGCGGAUAAAGUUCGAGACAUGCUUACAAGAUUGAUCAAAGAAGAGGCUUUGAGGACGUAUUUAUUCACCUAUUCGCACGUCUAUGAUUCUAUCUCUAUGCCAAAACUGGCGGAGAUGUUCCAAUUGAAGCGACCCGUUGUUCAUUCUAUUAUCAGUAAAAUGAUCAUCAACGAGGAGCUUAUGGCGUCACUGGAUGACCCCACAGAAACCGUUGUUAUGCAUCGCAGCGAGCCAAGUCGUCUUCAAUCUCUAGCGUUGCAGCUCACCGACAAAGUGAACAAUUUUGUCGACUCCAACGAACGUAUUUUUGAAAUGAAACAAGGGAAUUUUUUUUCAAGAGGAAAUCAAGGAAAUUUCCGCGAUAGACAAAAUUAUAACCGACAAGGGCAAGAUUGGGGUCGCCAGAGACGAGAUCGCGACAGGGAUCGUAAUCGCGAAGAGAAUCGAAAUUAUUAAAUUUAAAACAUUGAAUAUUAUUUACUUGGGUAUUCGAUGUAUCGUAAUUAUACCGUGUACACGCUCAUGUAAAUAAUGUUGAAAAUAACAGCAUAUAUAAACUACA